AGACCAAACAAACCCGGUGUCCACAGUUAGUUAAGGAUAUCUAACAGUUUCUCACUUUUCAGCACCUUUUCAGCCUGAAGAAGUUGUGCCUCUUGUUUCAUUGAAGAAAGAGUUUUCACCCCAGCCCCUUGGACUGUGAACUUCACAUCACCAUGCAAGCUCUCUUUGGUCUCUUCCUCUUCACUCUUCUUUUCACUACAGGUGCCUCUUUGGAGUGUGAAUCAUGUGCUGCUGAAGGAUACAAUUGCGCUGGCCAGAAACAGAGUUGUCCUGCUGGCCUAGAUACCUGUCUCACCCUUGUGGUCGAAGGCACAACAGGAGGGCAAACGGUUACUAGCGUUGGGAAGAUGUGCUAUGCCCGGAUUCUCUGUAACCUCUUGAAACCUGGACAAACAUUCAAUGUCCCUCAGGUCACUGGUACCAUCAAAGAAGUGACAUGCAAGGCCCUUUCUCUCUCAGCGUCUCUUCUCGUGGCUUUCCUGGGUCUCCUAAUGCUGAAGGUCCUCUUCUAAUGCCCCUCUUGAAGCACUGACUGAGAACCAAGCUACAAGUGACACCUGACACAGGUUGGACACUUGUCAGCUUCCCUCAAGUUUUGAUGGGAAAUGUAGGCAUCCUGGUCCUGCAGCUGUAAUGGAGAGCCAAGCUGUAAAACCAGGACGCCUACAUUUCCCAUCAAAACUUGAGGGAAGCUGACAAGUGUCCAACCUGUGUAAGGCGUUACUUGUAGCUUGGCUCUGAGUCUUCAUAUCCAUGUCUUGGAUCACUCGGCCUUUCAAAGACAUCAAGCCUUUUCUUUGUUUUAAUGAGGACAACCCUAUUAUGAAUGCUUAUCUUGGUCGCUACAGAAGCAAUGUUUUGUCAAUUAUGUUGGCGGGAAACAAUCAAAAUUUAACUAGGAUGGUUGCCAGCUUUGGAUGGUCAGCUUAUUGAAUUAGAAGAGAGAUAAAGAAGUAUAGAUACGUUUAAUUGUAUCUUCAAUUUUGGUAUUUUAACUUAAUUGUUAGAAUAUUUGAAAUGGUCAAGCUCUGUUUAUAUGAGAAUGUAUUCUGUUUUUAACAUCACUGUUUUCUUAAUUGUUAUUUACUUGCUUCCCUUCAAACUAUUUACUGGUCAUUGACUGCAAUAAAUUUUAUUACAUUUACAUUUAAUGAAGGAAACUAAUAAAAGUAGAUUGGUGAGGAACUGAAA